AUGGCUGUCGCCGAAACUGAGAAGUUCCUCCACCUGUCGCGGCCCAUCGCGCCGGCCACGAUUGGCAUCCCAGGCAACAUUGCCCCGCUCACCGUCAACAUCCAGCCCCAGGCCAUCCUCUCCAUUCUCGACCAUGCCGUGCGAAGAGACAUCCGCGAUACGCAAUCAACCCGCGUUAUCGGCGCCCUCGUUGGUGUCCGCUCCGAAGAUGGCACCGAGGUCGAAGUGCGCUCCUGCUUCGCCAUCCCCCACACCGAGAACGAGGACCAGGUCGAGGUGGACGUCGACUACCAGAAGAACAUGCUCGCCCUCACCCUCAAGGCCAACCCGCGCGAGUCCCUGUUGGGCUGGUACACCACCACCCACGAGCUCAACUCCUUCUCCGCCCUGAUCCAGAACUUCUUCGCCUCCCCCGAGACCGGCACCUUCCCCCACCCCGCCGUCCACCUCACCAUCAGCACCGACCCGACCUCCGACAUUGAGGCCCGAUGCUACAUCUCCGCCCCCGUCGCCGUCAACGCCGAGCGCGCCGCCGAGAGCUGCCUCUUCAUCCAGGUGCCCCACAAGCUCAUGUACGGCGAUGCCGAGCGCAGCGCCCUCGAGGCCAUCUCCAUGGCCAAGGACACCGAGGACCGCACCGCCCCCGUCGUCUCCGACAUUGAGGGCCUCGCCCGCUCCAUCGAGUCCGGCGCCAACCUCAUCGAGCGCGUCAGCGACUGGGUCAACGGUAUCCUCGACGAGGACGAGGAGCCCAACCAGGCCCUCGGCCAGUACCUCAUGAACGCCCUCUCCCUCGCGCCCAAGGUCGACCCCGAGCAAAUUGAGCACGACUUCAACAACCACAUCCAGGACGUCCUCAUGGUCUCCUACCUGGCCAACACCAUUCGCACCCAGAUCGACCUGUCGCAACGGCUGGCUGUUGCCAACCUCACCGGCGGCGAGAAGGACGGCGAGGGCAAGACGACCGAGGGCGGCGAGAAGGGCGAGCAACAGCGGGGUGGUCAGCGUGGCGGCAAGCGCGGUGGACGCGGCGGCGGCCGUGGUGGUGGCGGCCAGAGGGGAGAGCCCAGGGAGCCCCGCGAGCCUCGCGAGCCGAGGGAACCUACCGAGUAA